AUGGUAAGGUACGGGGCUCAAACUUCAAGCUCUAAAAAACGACGUGCCAGCUCGAGGAUCGGUGAGAAACGGAAAUCGAAGAGACAGGCAAAGGUUCGUGUUGUAGACACAUGGGAGAAGCAGGAUUACAGGGCGUCCUUGGAAAAUUCCAAGAAACAUUUCAACAGCACAAUCAACGUCAAGGAUUUGGACCUGGACGUCUCUUAUGUUGGAAGGGUCGAGCAUUUUCCUCAAGGGCUGCCUGAACGGACACGAUGGGUCAACAAGGGUGAAAUAAUCAAUAAUGCACACGAUGUUCCACGUGGUUGGAGUUCUGUGGAGGCAGACCUGGAACCUGAAGACUAUGAUGCUCAGAUCGCUAGAUGCAAGGAGCGUAUUGAGGAUAGAAUCAUGCCGACUAUAUUCGAAGACAGGUUGAAGGAAUUUGAGAAACUCAAGAUCACUCGGGAGGAGAAAAUGAAACAAUAUUCAGGUCUUGAGUGGCCUGUGGUAAGACGUUUGGAAAAUCUCCUUUCACUCCAAGAAUGGUAUGAGGAUACAAUGGAGGGUGAGACGGAAGAGGAUAAGCAUGAUAAAUUCGAUCAGUUGGUGAAUGUGAAGGCACUUAUAACGGCAUAUAAAUCGAAGGCUCUGGAAGUGACCCCUGAUUUGGUGACAUACUGGUGGCAAGGAGUUCAACGCUCUCAGCCACGGCCUAUGAUAUGGGAAGAGUACUUUGCUUUAUGGCGGGAGAGCGGCAGUGGCAACUCCUUUUGGGUAGAAGGUUUACUUGAGGAUGUUGGAAUGCACUACAUUCAGAACUAUGUCACCGUCGGGAUCAACGAUCCACUGAAUAAUAUGCAAAGUAAAGUCAAUUUGUCCCUUUCGCUUCCUGAUUCAGACCAAUACUAUGAUUUCGAGUUUUUGCAUGACACAGGAAGCAGAAUCAUGGUGGCCUUUGAGGCCGACUAUGCUAACCUGCAACUUCUGGAAGGCAUCGUUACGGGCGCUGCCCCGCCUCGGGUUUGCCAUGGAGCUUUAAUGAUGUAUACGAUGAAUGGCCGUUCUUGGGUCCAUGUUUAUACCAUCUAUGUCAAUGUUCGAGAUCCUCACGGCCAGCUAAUGAUGUCAGAGUGGCACCCUAUCCAAAUUGCUCUAGUGCCGGGGUCUAGAGAGAAUAACCAAUGGGGUCAUCCUAGAAUAGACGGACCAUGGGUACAUUAUAAUUUCUUUACUGGGACUAGUCCGGAUAAUACAGAUAGGAUCUUCUUUACUAAUACGAAGGGAGAAUUGAUGCGUAUACUACCUCCUCGAGGGAGUAACGCACCCAAGACUGGUCUCCCUAUGAUUCCAGGUUUAUAUCUGGCCCCAGGGCUCGCACCUGCAGGUGGCGGUGGAGCCUGA